AAUCAACUGAACUUCAUAAGGAGACAGAAAAGAGCCGUUUAUCGAGUUAAAGUCAAAAAGUUUGAAUCAAAAAAGACCAACCGAGGUUUGGUAGGAAGAAACCACAGAGUUUCCAUCCAAUAAUAAUCCCAGGAGAGGAUGAAGAAGAGCUGGAGCGCGGAGGAAAAUCUGACCGUCAGAAGGAGCCGUUCAGCGGACGCUUGGUGGAUCCAGAAUCUGAUGGAGUCAUCUGAUCAGGCUGUCUUCGGGAGGAUCAAUGUCAAUGAUCUGCUGGAGAAGGCCACCCUUGCCCUGACGGUGGGCGGCCAGUCGGGCAACGUCGUGGCUCACGCCUCCCUCAGCGACCUGCCCCCCCCCACCGCCGCCGCCGCGGUCGGCCACACCGCCUGGGAGGCCUUCCUGCGCUCACACUGGCCCGCCGCCAGAUGCACUCCGCUGAACUCUCUGUUCCUGCGUCUGUUCGUGUCUCAGCCCAGAGUGGCUGAAUCCAGCCUGGAGAAGAUCCUCAGAACCGCCUUCAGCAUCAAUUCGGACCUGGAGCACGUCCUGCUGCUCUGCCCGGAAGACUGUCCUCUAGAACCGGUUCUGGGGAAGGCGUUCCAGCUGCUGCACUGGGAAGCCGACGGCGAGGCGCCGUGUUCGGCUCGGAUCUGCAGACGGGAGAAUCACUGCAAGCGGCUGCAAGUCCGCCGAGCCCGGGUUGCAGAUUACGAUGACGUCAUGAUGAUCGUGAACAAGCAGAGGACAGUGCGCUCCAUCCCUCUGGAGCCCUACGCCCUGAUAGACGUCAUCGAGUACCAGCACCAGAGGAGCCAUGCUGCUGUCCUCCAGGAUGAAGGACGCAUCGUUGGCUUCAUCGCUGCCACCUCGUCUCCCAACGACCAGAAACUUCUGGAGCAUUUUAACCUCAAGGAGUUUGAUGGAUUCUACAAACACAAAGUACCAGAGAAGGAGGAAGAGGAGGCAGGAGGAUCGAGCCGCCAGACUCCCCGGAAGUCCAACUCCUUCUGCAUUCUGCACUUCAUAUCCCACGAGGACCACCAGACCCGAUCGACAGACGGUCUGCCAUACAUGUUCCUGCUCUUCCUGGACCUGGAAUAUUGUCUGAUCUUCGUUCCGUCUGCAAGUCCAGAGUCGCCGUGGUUACGGAGCUUUGUUCUGGUGCGGCCCCGUCCUAGCAGCCUGCAACUCACCAGCCUCUACAUCACCCAUAGGUCCAGAUUCAGGACUGUGGAUGUGAGGCAGGCGGUCCCUGAAGACAGAAAAGCUGUUUCUGAUCUGCUGAAGAGUUUGAAUCUUACCUGUUCGGUUCUGAAGGAUCUGGGCUCUUUCUACCGGAGCCACAGCGACCCGGAUGGUGUUCCUCUGCAGGCCUUCGUGGUUCUGGUGGAGCGGCAGCUGGUCGGCGUGAUGAUCAUCAGGGACGAACAGGACGUGGAGUAUCUCCGAGCUCACUACGACAUCGACAGCUUCAUCAGCUUUGGUUGCCAUGGCUACCAGGAGCACGCUCAGAUGCUGCACUUCCUGCUGAAGCCCUGCUGCUACCAUGUGACCCGGCACUGGCUGAAGGAGGUGCUGCGGCUGGCCCAACGGUCCUGCCUGUACCACAGGGCCUACUCACCGCUGCUGGGAGAGCAGACCUCCUGCUUCCACCCUCUGGCGUUCAUCCUGAACUACUCGGUGCCGGUCCGGCCCCGCCAGCAGGUGGUGUACCCGCUGCAGGAGCUCGGCAUGAACGCCCCGUCCCGCAGGAUCACAGAGGAACAGGUGCCGUUCGCUCUCAGCCUGAUCAGUAGGAAGUUGACCUUGGAGCCGAAGGUCAGGGUGAACGCCAGCAUCGUGGUGGUGGGGGCUUCAGACACCGGCCUGUCCCUGCUGGAGGAGCUCAGCUUCAGCUCUCAUCUGCUGUUCAACAAUCUCACCCUCAUCUCCACUCACGGUUUCCCUGGAAACUACGACCAUGAGGACGUUGGCUUCCUGUCCACCAGCCACGCCUUCAGCAGCAGAGACCUGGCCCAGACCUUCCUGCUGUCCUGCACCCGCGUGGUGGAGGGGAAGAUUGUGAGGAUCGACAGGAAAUCCAAAUACGUCCUGGUGUCAAAUGGGCAGAAGGUGGCCUACGACUUCCUGGUCCUCUGUACGGGCCUGCAGUACCGGCUCCCCUGCCCCACCGGAGUUGAUGUUUCCCAGCCGGUCACCAACAGCCAGCUGGAUCCUGACUGGUCCUGCCGCAGAUACACGGGGCCGGUCCCCGCCAACCUGCUGACCAUCAGCGACCUCCAUGACGCCGAUGCCGCCCGCCGCUGGUUGCAGGACAACUUUGUGGAGCUGCAGGGUGAGUUAAAGGAUCAAGAUGCUCUUCUCGUCCUGCUGCAGGUGUUCCUCAACCUGUCCAGUGAGGGAGUGGACUAUGACUGCUUCCACAGCAUCAGCGGCUGCUUCCUGCCCUUCGAUGGCCGCCUUGUGAUCAACAGCCGCUUCCUGACAAGCGACGCCUCCAUCUACGGCGCCGGCCCGCUCACCAGGUUCUCCUGCAGCUACUACGCAGACGAAUGGUCGCACGCCAACUUCAGCUCCCGGGACGUGGGCCGCGACGUGGCGGCGGUGCUGCUGGAGCAGCUGGACCCGGCCUGGAAGGCGCCGGUCGAGCCGCCCUCCGAGCCCGAGCUGCUCAUCCCGCUCUACUGUCGGCCCAGGAUCCGAGGAGCGACUCUUCCUGGUGGAUUUCACUUCCUGCAUGUGACCAAACCCAGUCCCAGCCCGCAGACCAGCCGUCGUUUCCAGUUGGUGAGGUCCCGUCAGACCCGGUUGGUUCACUUUACCUGAACCGGCUGCUACUUCAUUCAUUAGCCGCCACAGAGGAGAUCUACCUGACCAGCACCAGCUCAGGGCUUUAAAAGCGCUGUGUGAUGAGUCUGUGAUUGUUGGUUCUCAUCAUGUCCGACUUCAUUCAGUGGGCAUCAGCAUUUAGCAUGUUAUCUUUAGCUAAACAGCAAUAUGACUGUGGUAGCUUUCGAGCUAGCAGUGCUAACCGGUUAGCGGUUAGGGGUUAGCGGUUAGGGUUAGGGUAG